CAUGUUUUCUUUUUUCUCUUCAGCAAGCAUCAAGACAAAGGAAAACCACGAAUUUUGGGGUUCUUUUCUGGGGUGAACGGGCUCUUGUUGCAUUUUUUUUGGUAGCUUCUUUCAUUUGCGGGGUUUUGGUUGUUUUGACAAGAAAACUCUUUUUUCUGUGCCUUUAUAACAAUUUCUAUAUGGUAGAAAUUUCUUGUAUUUGAAUUGGAAACGGUUUGCAUGUUUCCCUGCCUAUUUCUUGUUACAUUCGACAAAACUUCCAAUUGAUUUAUCUAAUUCCCUCUAUUUGUUAGGGUCUACAGCAAUAAUUGGUUGCUUUUUGCACAACUUCAUCUGUAUUAUUUAAAAUCAAUUUCAUUCUACUUAUUACGGAUUUUGGAUCAGUGUUUUUUAGGCUUUUGUUCAUAAGAGUUUGCAUCGGUUGUUCUUUUGUUUUAUAAAAUAUUUGGCAUUUUUUUUUUGCAUCCUUUCUAUUUUGUUUAGCUUUAUAGUAUGUCGUUAGCAAUGUUGAAUGGUUCAAUGAAUUUUGCUGUAAAGCAUUCGCUUGACGAUCUCUUGGGCAACCCUGUUCGCUUUCGAGCUGCUUCUGUCAGUACUGGCUCUACACCUGAAGGACCAUAUGUUCCUUUGAAUGCACCCAAGGACAAAAAGGUGAAUGAUUUACAAAAUUCUAAGGAUUCUGAAAAGAGUGCAUCGAACAAGGCCACUUCAGUCAGUGUUCCUUCCGCUGAUCGUAAAAAACCUUCUGGUACCCGAGGCGAAGGUGCGGAUGACUUUGUCGACGAAGAUCCAUCUUUCAUUCCCCCUGCCCGUAUUCUAUUUCCAGAAGAAAAAAUUUCUUUGGAUUGGCAAUCGGUUCUCCAAAAUGCUCCUGGUCUUGUGAACCUUGGCAACACUUGUUUUAUGAACUCUGUCUUACAAUUAAUGACCCAUACACCUCCUUUGGUACAUUAUUUACUUUCUGCCCAACAUUCCAUGUCCUGCCGGUUAAAUGCAUGUGUCUUGUGUAAAAUGGAGCAGCAUGUUGCUCGCGCCUUUCCCAACAAGGGCGCAAAGCGUGCUUCUGCAUUUAAGCCAUCAGGCAUUCAGGGUAUGCUAAAAGUGAUUGCAAGUCAUUUCCGUCCUUACCGCCAAGAAGACGCCCACGAAUUUUUGCGCUAUUUAGUAGAUGCUUGGCAAAAAUCUUGCCUACAAAAUUUCAAAAAUCUCGAUCACCCUAGCCGAGAAACUUCCGUGGUCCAUCGCAUCUUUGGUGGUUACCUUCGCCAGCAAAUUCUUUGUUCUGUUUGCAAAAAGCCUUCCAAUACUUACCAAGCAUUGCUAGAUUUGUCUGUGGAAGCAAAAGGUGCUUCGGUGUUGGAUUGCUUAAAACACUUUGUCCAAGCUGAAAAAUUAAUCAAGCAAAAUCGCUAUCGUUGUAGCCACUGCAAGAAGUUAGUAGACGCAACUAAAACCAUGACUGUUUAUCGCGCUCCUAACAUUCUUACCAUUCACUUCAAGCGUUUUACCUUCAACGGAUACAAUUCUACCAAAAUUGGUAAGCACAUUUCCUAUCCUGAGCGCUUUGAUCUUGGUCCCUUCAUGUCGGACUCUUCACAUCCUUGUCGAUAUGAGCUGAUUGGGGUCCUCGUCCAUGCAGGUGGAAGUACUCGAAGUGGUCAUUACUACUCUUUCUGCAAGAGUAGUAACGGUAUGUGGCUUAAGUUUGAUGAUGAAUUUGUUUCAAACUCUAGCAUCGAUCGCGUCCUGAAUCAGCAAGCCUAUAUCUUGCAAUACAGACGCAUUCCUGGAUCUUCUUCUUCCAGUAAAAGAAAAGCUAGCGAUACGAGUACCACUGCACCGUCCAACGGGCAGAAAAAGAAAAAGAAAAAGAAUGUAUCUUUUUAAAUUAACAACAAAGUCAUUUAAUUCGAUUCCGUUCUUUUUUCAUUCGUUAAUUAAUAUUUAAUCCCUUUUUUUCUAAUAUGUAUGUCGUUUUGUUUGUCUUCAACAUCAAUCUCUUUCAAUGUAUUCUUU